CCGACACUAGUGGCUGUCGAGUUGUUGCACGCUUUCUUUCCCAGGGUAGUGGUGAAGCUAGCAAGCUAGCUACCUUCACACCGGCUCUAGAUGACCACCAACAGAACGAAGGUCGCUGCACACUGCUCGCAAAGUUGUUGUUAGCGGAGCAUAAACUGGCUGGAGGAGGAUGGAAACGAUGGAACAACAGGAAAACAAGUAUGUCCGUAAUGUUGUCAGUGGGACAGGGUUGCUUCCUGUCUCGUCUCUCCACGGCUGCAGUGUCCAUCCUGUGGCUCCAGUCUCACACACCUCCUGCCUGGUGCCCACUUCACCGCUGCACACACACACACCUCGGCUGAACUCCAACAAGACAUCCAUCGUCCGCUGUAGCAGGCGGAAGUACGAGAGACUCUACCCUGUUCUUCUUGUCAAGCCUAAUGGAGCCGCUGUGAAUAUCCGGUACAAAGAACCAAGACAGAUACUUCUGAUGCCGGUAGACUUCUCUACUCUGUCUGAGGAGGACCGCAAAGCUCGUCUAAAGAGGAGAGACGUGAAAAAGACGGUGACGCAGCCUGAGGUCCACUACGAUGAUGACUUCAAGGCUGAUGACUACAGCCAGUUCUGGAUGAAGAAGUAACGUCACGAUACUGAGAGACUGGCGCUACGCCCUAUGUGUGGAGGAAACACAAAGUCGCACUGGUGUUAUCUACAGUAGACACCAUCUUAAUUUUCAUCUUCAUUUCAAAACGUCAGGUAGAAUCUUUGAGGAGAGAAAAAAGAAGGGUCACUGUCCAUUAUGUUUAUUUCUACAUCUUUAACAAGUAUAGAGAAACCAUCCCUACCAUCUUGUUUCUGUGCCAAGUACAGCCACGUGGAAGACUACUGGACAUCAACAAUAUAACUUAUUGUUUUAGAGACAGCUCAGAGGAUUUAUAUCUUACCUGCAUUUACUCUUGUACAAAUUCCAGUGAGCCGUCUUGGAAGAGGAAAUGACCAACAUAGUCUGGAGUGGCUGACGUGCAGUUACAUCUGAUAUCUUUACAUAUGUUGCACUAAGCAUCCAUUUUAUUAUCAUCAACUUGGCUUCCUGUCGUGCUGUUAAGAGGAACUUCUUUAAUUAAAAGUGCAGUUGGACAACAUUGAGCUAAUUCUUUCAUGGUGUCAGCUGACAUGUAUUGAGAAACUGCUUGUCUUGGUUGCCAUAUGUUUGAGAAGAUAAAGACUAGCAGCAGUAUGGGGGAUCUUUGUGGACAGUACAGGACUUGUCAGAAACCACAUGCAGGUUUAAUUUGGACUUCAACCCUGCUGCCCUUGAAGUGCACCGCCAACACUUCACUUGGUAGGAUUGGUAGUAAAUCACUGGAGUAACGCCACGGCUUAUUGUCUUGUCACACAUUUCAUGGCAGUCAACCAUGUGACCAUUAAAGAUGGUUUACUCUAAACAA